CAUGUUCUCCCUGUGUGUGAUGCGUGGGUUUUCUCCAGGUACCUCGGUUUCCUCCCACAUUCCAAAAACAUGCAUGUUAGGUUAAUUGGCAACUCUAAAUUGUCCAUAGGUAUGAAUGUGAGUGUGAAUGAUUGUUUGUCGAUAUGUGCCCCGUCAGUCCAGGGCUCUCGCCCGAAGUCAGGUGGGUUACUCUAGUGAGGAUAAGCGGUAUAAAAAAAAAAGGAUGGAAGGGACACUUCCCUUUGUCAUAAAAUAGACCAAAAUGUGAUAUUUUCUUGCAAGUUUUUCUUCAUGAACUGAAACAGAACAAGUGAAAAUUGGUUUGAAAAUAGCAAGUUAAAUUUUUGCUUGCUAUAUACAUAUGUGUGUGUUUCAUAAUGUGUAGCUUGAAGGCUGAACGUUCCAUUGUGUUUAUAGACGUAGUUCCGUGCACUGCCACUAGAUGUCACACAAACGUCGUGUACUCCCGCCAGAAUAACUGCACUUUGCUCCUGUCUUACACCCACUUUAAAGGAUGACAAGCCGUCGCUGCUUGUCAGCGUUGGACAUUCUAACACAAACGCACGCUUGAUGCUUAGCAUAGAGGAAACUACAAUCGUGAUGCGUUGAGCCCAACAGCGGCGCGGAAUCCUCCGUCGUGCCCGACCACGAAAGGACACACUGUGGCUCGAGCCACUGCGCACACCGAUCGCCGAUCUGCUCCACAAGAAUACUCUCCAUCUUAAUCGAUCCGUCUGGACGCAACACCACUCGACCCGGAUGACCUCGAGGGAGUGACACUGCGGAGAGAGAUGAGCAGAUGUUCUUAUCUUUAGUGAAGCAAAACAAGUGUCGUGUGUAUGUGUGUGUGUCCGCAAUCGGUCAAUAAAUGAGCGAUGCCAGGGGUGACCAAGUAUAAUUUAGUGGAUGACUCCCACGAUUUGAGGAUCCCUAUGCAUAACGAGGAGGUGUUCCAGCAUGGAGUCUGCUUUGAGGCAAAGUAUGAAUUCAAACUGAAGAACAUCAAGAAAAAGAAGGUCAACAUAGUUGUAUCGACAGACUUUGUCAAAGUGAUAUUGAGGAAAAAGAAGAGAAAAGGCUGGACGUGGGAUGAGAACACAAUCUUGGUGUCAGAGGAUCCAAUCUACAGGAUUUUUUAUGUCUCACAUGAUGCACAAGACCUAAAGAUCUUCAGCUACAUUGCAAGGGACGGUGAAAGCAACAGUUUCCGCUGCAAUGUCUUCAAGUCUAAGAGGAAGUCGCAGGCCAUGAGGAUUGUGCGGACAGUAGGUCAGGCAUUCGAUGUGUGUCACCAGCUGACACUGCAGCAGAAAAGAGAUGACCAGGAGGAUGAAGAUGGGAAGGCGGAGGAGUCUGAGACAAUCACAGCUGAGAAAAGGUUUGCAUUGUCAGAAGAGACCGACCUUGAAGGCACAACAGAGGAGAGCAUAGAGUGCAACACUUCGUCAGACUUGGAGAGGAACAAAAAGGUCCUCGGUAAAAACGGGAAGGGCUCUGAUGAUCCCUCUCAUCUGCUGAGCUCCCCUGCUGGUAAAGCUCCUGCAGCGUGUCAGCCAGCUGCAGAGGGACCCUGCUCUUCAGAGCAUCAGGUCCAACUACUGCAGAAACAGCUGCAGCAGCAGGAGCAGCAUGCACUGGCAGCUUCAGCUCAGGUGCAUGUGCUCCGGGGCCAGCUGUCUGUAGAGGUGUGUGCUCGAACUGAAGCCCAGACCAGAGUUCAGAGGCUGCUGCAGCAGAACACGGACUUAUUGCAGCACAUUUCUCUGCUGGUCAAACAGAUUCAGGAACUUGAGCUCAAAGCCGGUGGACAUUUAACAUCCAUGGGCUCCCAGGACAGUCUUCUGGAGAUCACAUUCCGUGCACAACCAUCCAGGAUUCCCACUGAACCCCUCACCCCUUCUCCAUCUACAGGCCCCUCGGUUUCCUUGUCCCAGAUACACCAGAUAAGUGACAGUGCUUGGGUCUCCACCCUCUCUGGGCCGUCCUCCCCAGGCACCACAGGCACUGACACCAGCCCUCUGGGCCUUGGGGGCAGUGCAGUCCGUCUGGAGUGCUUCCGUUUCUCCUCACGGGGUCCAGACAGUCAAGACCAAGGGCAAGGAACGGGGGAGACGCCCACCGACGGUGCCCCAGAUGACAGUUCUCUGGUGGGUGAGCAGGUCCUGGGAGCUUUGGAGCUUCUUCGGUUCAGGGAAUCAGGAAUCGGAUCAGAGUAUGAAUCCAACACGGAUGAGAGUGAUGACCGGGACAGUUGGGGGCUUGGCGAGGUCGCUGGGCUCGAUGGUGCCGUUCGACUCUUCAACGUGUUGAAUGCUGAGAGUUUGUCAGACUGUUUAGGGGAUGAGAUGGCUGUGUAGAGGCGCUUUUCACAUCUUCUACAUUGUACUCAUCAGCACCCUGCAAAUGUGAAAGUCAUCACUAAAGUGCAUCACGUCACAAAAGAUGCUGUUUCAUUUAGGUCUGUACAAGCAAUCACAUCAUUGCAAUGGUUAAGGAGAGUGUUGACUUUUCCCAUUAUCAAGCUUGCAGUGGCUUAAAAAUGUGAAUGACCAGGCUGGUAAUCACACUUCCUGCAGUCAGGCAUGCUGAAUAACAAAUGUUAUAUAAGUAGCAACAAUUCUAGUGUCCAAACCUCUGCAAAUGCUAAUGUAAAAAUCAAACUUCUUGGUUUUUGUUGGCAUUUUUUCAAGGUAAAUUGAAAGAUGUUCAUGCAAUUGGCCUAAAUAUUAUUAAAGGGAUAUCCUGUGUUCUGCUGGCAGUGAAAUGUACCAUCUGUGUGGAAGAAAACAUGAGAAAAAUUGUGACUGCUACUGUAUUUCUUCAAAAAGUAGGUGUCGAUUAGGGGUACGGCAUUUAUAAAUCUGUUUAUAUUGUUACAUAUAGUGGCAUGAAUCAUAGGAGAGCUAAUAACAGCUACCUCAUGUUAGUUUAUUGCUCCUGAGUGGAAAAAGGAGGCGACUAUUUGAGGUGUGGCUUAGUUUAAAUGUUCAAAUGGACAGUGAGGCAAGUUGAGGAAAUAUGAGUAUCUAUGUGAGGUGCUAAAGAUCUGUUGAAUCGAAUGUAAUAUUUAGGAUUAUAAAAAAUAGUGGCGACCAGUCCAGAAUGUAGCUGGACUGGGAUAGGCUCCAGCUCCCAGCAACCCUGAAUGGGAAAGGUGGUAGGAAACGGAUGGAUGGUAAAAACUGUGAACAAAUCGAGACUUGUUCAGUGGAUAAAAAUUGUUUCGUUUCUCAAAAGAGCUUCAAGAGAUCACCACACACAGUCCGCUGUAGAGGAUAGAACUGUAAGAACUGGUCCAGCAUGCAUUGCUAAGUGCAAUUUGUGUCACAAAUUCCUGUGUUUCCCUCCAGUGUUCAUGGCUCUGAGCAGGUUGGCUUCCCUGCCAUGGUGCCGUCACCGCGCUCAAUGCUUGUUGCCAUGCCAACCAUACUGUGGUUGUAUCUGUGGUAAUAUGUGUGUGACACAUCCAGCGAGGCUAUGGCUGUGUUUGAAACUAUUUGGUAGGAAGACUCGUUUGCCAGUUAAGUCUAGCAAUGCUUAAAUGCUUUGAGGAGUGUUGUCUAAAAUCCUGCUGUGUUUGUUUUGGCACGUCGACUGUAAUUACACUGGUUGUUAUGGUUUGAUCAACAGUGCAUUAUUCAUGCGGCUGUUUGUCCUGUUUAUUUUGUGGGAUUAGUCAAAUAUUACAUUGUCCAUGAGGGAACUAUCCCACUAUUUGACACUAUUUGUGUCUGCUGUGUGGUCCCCGUGUUCUUAGAAGUAUUAUUUAUUUACACCGUAUGGCAGAACAACUUCUGUUGCUCCCCACAGGAAUACUUCAAGAGAGGCAUAUAAAACAAACGUGUGCUUGCAUAAUAGUCUGGCCAGCUGUCGCUCCAGUUUUGACAUGCACGGCUGCAACUCUUCGAAUGACUAAACUGUGGACACGUAGUUCAGGUCUUCCAAAAAUGGAUCCGUCUUCUGAUCCUGCUCUGUCCUCCCCACCCUCCCUGUUUUUGCUUCCCAUUUUUCCUUUGAAGCUCAUUACCUCUUGAGCCUUCACUUGCGCCAUCUAUGUUAAGUCGGUGUACUACGUAAAGUGUACUGGUAAAACAGAAAGUGCACUUAGAAACACGCCGUAAAUGUAUCACCUUGUGGAAUUAAACAUGCUUUCUCAUAUGUCUGAUGGUGUGUUCAGUGUGACUCUCUUGUGUUUGCCUACUUUAGGCCAUUGUAAUGACACAAAGGCAUGCGUAGGAAUACAGUAACCCCUCAUUUAUGGCGGUUAAUUGGUUCUAGACCCGAUCGUUUUCAUAGUUACAACAUAGGAAACCUGUUUAUGACUUUCUAAAUACAAUUUUUACCAUUAUUAGAGCCCUCUGGACAUGAACUAACACCCCUAUAGUCACCUUUACACUCGUAUUACUCAAUAUAUUCGAUAUAUUCAGAGAAAAUAAACCACUUAAGACAUAAAUAAGACUCGCGCUCGUGUGUGUUUCAAUAAAUGCGUGUGGACAGGAAGCGACGUCGGGGAUUCAGAGUUGAGUUUUAGCUGGAGUACGACCACAACAGUAGCCGGUGUUAUUAUUAUGACGAUGAUGAUGACUAUUAUUAUGUUAUUGUGCCUGUUGAGAGAUAAAUAAUUAUAAAAUAAUAAAAGCCUGUCUUGGUGAUCAAGUCUGGUGCGUGUUACUAGGGACACCUAGUGGCCAAGUGUAAACUACAGUUCAAAAACGUCUUGUAUUGCCUUAAACGGUAAUGUAUGUAUGAGGAACGACUGUACUGUAUAUGUGUUUUAGCUCAUUUAGAACACUUUUAUGCUUGAAAAUGCUUAAUUUAGCCCAAGUAUAUGUGAACGUUUGCUUAAAUAUGCAUUUGUUUGGACUAAUAAUAGGCCCCAGUCAACCACAAAACGGCGGUGACGCAGCGAUGUUCAAACUACGAUGUAGGAAGGGGUGACUGUACAGUGGAUCCCCGCACAUUAAUGUUUCAGGAUUCACAACCCCACGCAUUUGCAGAUUUUUGAUAAAAAAAUCUUUACCAUAGGCCGUUUUUUCCAU